GUACGUGCAUUAUUGCUACAUUACCUAGUACAUAAUUUAAACGCAGCAAUUGCUUUUCCGUUCCUAGCGGACAGUUCUACGUUGUCUGGACUUGUCCGGCGUCGGUGUUAACUACCGAGUUAAGACUUGUAUUGAUUUUCACGUAAUUUGAUAAUGGAACCAAAUCCUGUAAUUAUUGCCGCUACGGCAAAACACACAGCCUCUCUUAUAUUUUUGCAUGGUCUUGGUGAUACAGGCCAUGGCUGGGCCAGAACGAUCGCCGAUAUCAGGGGCCCACAUGUCAAGGUUAUCUGUCCUACGGCAUCAACAAUGCCAGUGACCCUAAAUGCUGGAUUUCGUAUGCCAUCAUGGUUUGACUUAAGGACUCUUGAUGCUACAGCACCUGAAGAUGAAGAGGGCAUUGAAAGAGCUACAGCCCUUAUGCAUGAGCUCAUUACAAAUGAGAUUAAAUCAGGUAUUCGCCCAGACCGAGUGCUUGUUGGUGGAUUUUCCCAAGGAGGAGCUCUAGCACUUCACUCAGCUUUAACUUACCCAUCUCCACUGGCUGGUGUUAUAGCCCUGUCUUGCUGGCUACCCAGACAUGCCCACUUUCCUGAAGAAGUGAAGGCGCCUCUUGAUUUGCCGAUAUUUCAAGCCCACGGCGACUGCGAUCCCGUAGUCCAGUUCAAAUGGGGCCAGAUGACAGCAUCGUUUUUGAAGACUUUUAUGAAGAAUAUUGAAUUCAACACAUACCAGGGCCUUUCACAUAGCUCUUCUGAGGCAGAACUUAAGGAUAUGAGAGCGUUUAUAGAAAGGACUUUGCCUCCUUUAAAAUAAAAUACCAUGAGAUAAUUAAAUAGUAAAAGGUUUAACGUACCUAUAGACUUCCAUGUUUUUAUUUAAAGCUGCAGGCAUCAUUUACUAUAUAAAUAAAGAAUCCAAAAUAAAUGGUUUAUAAUAGCUAUGUAUUACAUAAUCAUCAAUGUAUGUACUACACGUAGGCAACAGUAAACAUUACUCAUGUUUUCCUUUGACUACAAAAGCAUUUGUACAUACAUUAUGUUUUUAUUUCUCUAAGAUUAGUAGUUACGUAUUAAAACUUCAU